AAAGAGCUUUGGCGUCAAGGUGUCAGCACUGGACUUGCUCCUGGAACCCAGAUCAUCAUCAAGAAGCCAAAGCCUAGAACGCCAGGAAACACUCCCUACUCUGAUACUACGAUUCAUCCUAACACUAUGCUGUUCCUCAAGGACCUCAAAGCGAACAAUGACCGAGAAUGGCUCAAAAUGUAUGACGCCGAUUACCGCUCAAGUCUGAAAGACUGGAACUCGUUUGUGGAGUCUUUGACGGAAGAACUUACCAAGAUUGACGACACUAUCCCUGAACUGCCACUGAAGGAUGUGGUCUUUCGUAUCUACAGAGAUAUACGAUUCAGUAAAGAUCCUACGCCUUACAAACCAUAUUUCUCCGCCGCCUGGAGCCGAACGGGCCGCAAAGGACCAUAUGCUGCCUACUAUGUUCAAAUUAGUCCGAACGACAGCUUCGUUGGUGGAGGCUACUGGUCUCCAGAUGCCAGGGCCCUAGCAGCUCUUCGCACUACCAUCGACGAGAAUCCGCAGCGGCUGAAGGAUGUCUUGAUGAACGACAAGAUGCGAGCCGAGUUCCUCUCGGGGAGUUCGAAGAAGACAGCUGUGAAGUCUUUCGUCAAGACGAACGCAGAAACUGCGCUGAAGACUAAGCCAAAGGGCUACGACAGUGGUCAUCCGGACAUUGAUCUUCUACGCCUCAGACGCUUCACAGUCGGUACCAAGUUGACUGACGCUGAGAUCCUCGACGCGCAAGUCCUGCGCCGAAUUGCGGACCUGUUCUCGGCGUUGCACCCGUUUGUCGCUUGUUUGAACCGUAUCGUUCUUCCGGACCCGGACGAUGAAGAUGGCGAGGAUGAGGAUGAUGAAGACGACCAGGAAGAAGAAGCCGAGGGUGACCAGGAGGAGGAGUCU